AUGGUGAAUGGAGGUUGGAUUCCAGUGAUCAGAAGGAGGAUGGUAGGAAAUCAGGAUGGAUAUCGCAAGAAGACAGAGGUGGUUACCAUUUUUGUGGACAACAUCCCUGAGUCCAUGGAUGCUAAAGGAUUUUUCAAUCUUUUUAGAAAGUUUGCUGUGGUCAAGGAUGUGUUCAUACCAAGGAAGAGGAGAAGAGUAUUAGGUUCUAGAUUUGGUUUUGUUCGAUAUGAUUGUGAGGUGGCGGCAGAGAUGGCAAUUCUGAUGGUUGAUGGUCUGUGGUGUGAUAACAAGGCGCUGAAAGUUAAAAGAGCACAGUUUCAAAAACCUCAUGCUCUGGGCCACCAAGAGAAGGGGAUGCUGAAUAGAGGGGAUGAUGGCAGAUUGAUGCACCAGCGGCCUCAAAGGCAGCAAUGGCAGGGUACUGGAGUUAAGCAAUCAUAUGCAGAAGCAUUAGUAAGAGGAGGAGCAAGUGUAAGUGAGAAGAUGGUGAUUAGAGCUUAUGAAGAAGAAAACGGUUGGCUUUUUGAAAGUUUAGUGGUGAAGUUGAGUAGCUUUUAG